GGUGAGAGGUCAACAUUCUAACUUCAGAAUGAUUUCCAGAGUUCUUAUGACUUGCCUUGUUUGUGCAGCUUUAUCAGAGUGCUUCAUAGGAAUGGAGCUCCGCUGUCAAUGCAUCAAUAGAGAAUCCAGAUUCAUGAAGCCAAGACAGAUAAAAAAUAUCGAGCUCAUUCCAAAAGGGCCGCACUGUGCUCAGGCAGAGGUCAUUGCUUCCUUAAAAUCUGGUCAUCACAUCUGCUUGGAUCCUUCUGCUGCGUGGGUGAAGAUAGUUAUACAGAAAGUUUUAAAGAGGUAACAUAUUUAAUUAUACCAAUAGGCCAUUUUUAAUGCAGUCAUUGUCAAUUUAGAAUAACCAGUUUUUGUUUCCACUCGUUGAAGUAUAUCCAUGGCAGCCACACCCCUGGCACAAAGCAUUUCUUCAUUGUAAUGUACCUGGAAGCCGUCGU